UACAAAGAAACUAUAUCUCUCUCUCUGUCUCUGCAUCUCUUCUGAAUUCUACUACAUUUCCACAUAAACUACUAAAAAAUGAGUGGCUUCAGGGUUUUCACAUACAUGCUUCUCAUUGUGUUUCUUAUUUGGUCUUCCAAUUUUGAAGCUUGUAUUGCUAGAAGGGGCAAGCAUUGGAGGCACAAUAGAGCUGUCUCAGCUUCUAUGUUGAAAAAGAAAGGAAAGAGUUAUGGCAAUGGUCACAAUAACCAUGGUGGAGGAUCAAAACCAAAGGCUCCAUCACAUAAAAGCACUCCCUCACAACCACCACCAUCUCCUAAUCCAAAAGAAGAUCCCCCCUCGACUUACAAUGGUGGGCAUUCUACCACCUUUAAUGUGCUAGAUUUUGGAGCUAAGGGAGAUGGAAGUACUGAUGACACAAAGGCAUUCCAAGCAGCAUGGGCUGAAGCUUGUAAGGUAGAGGCUUCAACAAUGCUUAUCCCAGCAGAUUAUGUCUUCUACGUGGGGCCUAUUUCAUUCUCGGGCCCAUACUGUAAACCCAACAUCGUUUUCCAGCUUGAUGGGACCAUUGUUGCACCAACUAACCCCAAUGCUUGGGGCAGAGGAAUAUUACAAUGGUUGGAUUUUACAAAGCUGGUAAAAAUUACCAUUCAAGGAAACGGUAUCAUUGAUGGAAGAGGCUCACCAUGGUGGCAAGACCAUCCAUAUGAUAAUCCUAUUGAUGAUGAGGAAAAACUCAUAGUCCCUUUGAACCACACAGUAGGAAGGCCUUCAAUGCCGAUACAAAAUGAGCUGGGAGGAAAAAUGCCAGGCAUUAAGCCAACUGCACUGCGGUUCUAUGGGAGUUUUUAUCCAACAGUUACAGGCAUAACAAUUCAAAAUAGUCCACAAUGUCACCUCAAGUUUGACAACUGUAAUGGAGUCCUGGUCCAUGAUGUGACCAUAUCAUCUCCUGGUGAUAGCCCUAACACAGAUGGAAUUCACCUUCAGAACUCCCAAGAUGUAUUGAUUUAUAGCAGCACUUUAGCUUGCGGAGAUGACUGUAUUUCCAUACAAACUGGAUGCUCAAACGUAUACAUACACAAUGUCAACUGUGGACCAGGGCAUGGAAUCAGUAUUGGAGGUCUAGGAAAGGAUAACACCCGAGCCUGUGUCUCAAACAUUACUGUCAGGGAUGUCAAUAUGCACAACACAAUGAAUGGUGUCAGAAUCAAAACAUGGCAGGGUGGAUCAGGUUCGGUACAAGGAGUACUAUUCUCAAAUAUACAGGUUUCUGAAGUUCAACUCCCAAUUGUGAUUGACCAAUUCUACUGCGAUAAAAGAAGCUGCACAAACCAAACAUCAGCUGUGGCUCUGGCAGGAAUCAACUAUGAAAGGAUAAAGGGGACAUACACAGUUAAACCAGUUCACUUUGCCUGUAGUGAUAGUCUUCCUUGUGUAGAUGUUUCUUUAACCACUAUUCAGUUACAACCAGUUCAAGAAAAAUACCAUCUAUAUGAUCCAUUCUGCUGGCAGACCUAUGGUGAAUUAAAAACUCCAACAGUCCCACCAAUUGCUUGUCUCCAGAUUGGGAAGCCACCAAACAACGGGAUUCAGACAGAUCGCGAUUUAUGUUGA